GUCACCAUCCAGGAUGGCAACUAUCACCUGCAACCGGUUUACAGAAGAAUAUCAGCUCUUUGAAGAGCUGGGGAAAGGUGCUUUCUCAAUUGUCAGGAGGUGUGUGAAAGUGCUGUCAGGACAAGAAUAUGCUGCCAAGAUCAUAAACACCAAAAAGCUUUCAGCUCGUGAUCAUCAGAAGCUAGAACGAGAGGCUCGGAUCUGCCGCCUUCUGAAACAUCCUAACAUAGUGAGACUCCAUGACAGCAUAUCAGAAGAGGCACACCACUAUUUGAUAUUUGACCUUGUAACUGGAGGGGAGCUGUUUGAAGACAUUGUUGCCAGAGAGUACUAUAGUGAAGCAGAUGCCAGCCACUGUAUUCAGCAGAUCUUGGAAGCUGUCUUGCACUGUCAUCAGAUGGGUGUGGUGCAUCGUGAUUUAAAGCCAGAGAACCUCUUGCUGGCAUCCAAACUGAAGGGAGCCGCUGUUAAACUGGCUGACUUUGGUCUUGCCAUUGAAGUGGAAGGAGAGCAGCAGGCUUGGUUUGGUUUUGCAGGCACUCCAGGUUACCUUUCUCCUGAAGUGCUCCGGAAGGAUCCCUAUGGCAAAGCUGUUGACCUUUGGGCAUGUGGAGUUAUUCUCUAUAUUCUGCUGGUUGGCUAUCCUCCUUUCUGGGAUGAGGAUCAACACCGAUUGUAUCAGCAGAUCAAAGCUGGAGCCUAUGAUUUUCCUUCUCCUGAGUGGGAUACUGUUACUCCUGAAGCAAAGGACCUCAUCAAUAAAAUGUUGACAAUCAACCCAUCCAAGCGUAUCACAGCAGCAGAAGCUCUGAAGCAUCCAUGGAUAUCACACCGUUCCACUGUGGCUUCUUGCAUGCACAGACAGGAGACUGUUGACUGCUUGAAGAAAUUCAAUGCCAGAAGAAAGCUAAAGGGUGCAAUCCUCACUACGAUGCUAGCAACCCGUAAUUUUUCUGGAGGGAAAAGCGGUGGCAACAAGAAGAAUGAUGGUGUGAAGAAAAGAAAGUCCAGUUCCAGCGUUCAGUUAAUGGAAUCUUCAGAGAGUACAAAUACCACCAUUGAAGAUGAAGACACUAAAGUACGGAAACAGGAAAUCAUUAAGGUGACAGAGCAGCUGAUUGAAGCAAUAAGUAAUGGGGACUUUGAGUCCUACACAAAAAUGUGUGAUCCUGGAAUGACUGCAUUUGAACCAGAAGCUCUAGGGAACCUGGUGGAAGGACUGGAUUUCCAUCGAUUCUACUUCGAAAACUUGUGGUCCAGGAACAGCAAGCCAGUGCACACAACCAUUCUGAACCCACAUAUCCAUUUAAUGGGAGAUGAGUCUGCCUGCAUUGCUUAUAUUCGCAUCACACAGUAUGUGGAUACGAGUGGGAUCCCUCGCACUGCCCAGUCGGAGGAGACUCGAAUCUGGCACCGCCGGGAUGGCAAAUGGCAAAUUGUUCACUUCCACAGAUCUGGAGCACCUUCGGUUUUACCACAGUUCCUUAUAUGUAACAACUACAUGGAUGUUAGGUACAAUAUGACCCUUUCCAUGCAAAGUAGAGCUGCACCUAUUCAUUUGGCCGCUAUAGACGGCUGAAGCACCUCCCCACAGGCCAAGUUUCUCACUGCCUCACCACAAAAGGAAGAUACUUGCUAUCCUUUAUCUAGGGAACUUGGCAGCUGGCUCUCCUAUUUGUUUCUUGCUGGAAUUCCUUUCACCCACAGAACUCCUUACCAAAAUAAACUGAGUAUUUAAUAGACUUUUCUCCUCCUGUUUCACAUGCUUCAUGUUUGCUAUUCUGUGCCAUUCAAGUAGAAGACGGCAUGGGUCAUGGCCCUAUUGCAGGAAACUGCUUUCUGUACACAAGAAGAAACCAGUCUGGAAGAGGCUGAAAUCAAGCCUUCAUCAAACGCUGGCCUCCAGUCCACCGUCAAAAAAAUAGUCUCAGAAGUCAGGGUUUUUGUCACAGGGAUGGGGUCGGUUGGAACACUACUCCCCCUAAGUCUUAAAGGGGAGGAGGGGAAAAGGGGGUAUCGAUAAAUUGUAAUUACCAUGUCCCAAAGGAAACUAAAAGGCCACCUGAUACUAAGGAGUUGAUCACCAAUAAUGUUCUUCAUUUAUCGUGACCAUUAAUCAUUUAUUUAUGUAUAUAUGUAUUUGAUUGAACUUAUACUCUGUCACAGUCUGACAACUCCCCACAGCUUACGGAGACGGGAAUAUAACAACAGUUAAAACCUCCAUGAUACAAUUAAAACAAAUACAGAUGUCAUAACUCCACCAACAACAACCACAAAGACAGCAAAACAACAAAUCAGAGCAAUAUAAUUUAUAUAUAUAUAAGGUGGCACAAUGCUUAAAUUAAGGAAAAUCCCUCCAACGUGGGUGGACUUUCAACAGUUUCCUGAAAGCCUACAGGGAGGGGAUGAAUCUGACCUCCAUCAGGAAGCCAUUCCAGAGCAUCAUCACCCCUAUAAAAAACUAGCACUGUCUACCCUCAGCCCUCCUCUCCUCCUGGGAGUGUGGGGCUACGAGCAGCUGCUCCUUCUAAUGGGAGGCCAGUUCUGGCUGGAGCACCCAGACGCCAAUGGCUCUCUAGGUCAAUGCCAGCACUUUCAAUUGUGCCUGGAAACUGGCUGGCAACUAAAUCCGAUGUUACACGCUCCUAAAUCCGGGAGGCAGGCAAAUAGAUCAGGUGUCCAUACACAUCUAGUAAAUAAAUAAAAUUAUUUGGUUUAAACUAUUAAUUACAUAAAUCCCAGGACAAGUUUCUAUCACUCAAGAAAAUCUCUAUGUUCACAAACAUCUUAGGCUGAAAGUCUUAUUUUGAAUGGUGUGUAAAGCAUAUUAUUGAUUUAUCUUCCCAGCAGAAUACCUUUUGUGACUAGGCCAGCAGAUGUUCCCAAGAAUUCUAGCAAGGCAAGUGUCCAUUCCUUUCUGUUUUCAGAGACUGAGCUGAAAGGAAACGGCCAGUAGUUUGUCAUCAUCACCAUGACUCUAAGUUAGCGUUUUUCAAACUUGGCAACUUUAAGAUGUAUGGAUUUCAAUUCCCAGAAU